CCCUUUACCCCCACAGUCCUUGUUGAUCUUGAGCGGAUGUUAAGAUGUGGGAUACACUAAACAGUUAAAACAACUUCCUUAUAAGAUGGAAAGUGCAGAAAUUUCAUUACUCGAUCUGCCAGUGGGAUUCCGAUUCAGACCAACAGAGGAGGAACUUGUCAAUCAUUACCUGAAGUUGAAGAUACUCGGCAACAAAAUGGUUGAGCUGAUAAUUCCCGAGGUUGAUGUCCAUCAAUUGCCACCUUGGGAUUUACCCAGCAAGAUAAAUGAACUAUCAAGGAUAAACUCGGAUGGUGAUGAAUGGUUCUUCUUCUGCCGUCUGCAAAAUAAGCACCCUAAACGGACUAGAAGAUCAAAUGAUUAUGGGUCGUGGAAGAAAACUGGUGGAACUCGCAAAAUCAGGACACGAGACAAAAAACACAUAUUAGGUUUGAAGAAAAUUUUGGUUUUCAAAGAAAGAGGAAGUCCCAAAAAUGCCCAGACGAAAUGGGUACUGCAUGAAUAUCACCUAAAUGCUGAUCUUAUGGGAAACGUCCUCACUGACCAGAGUGUCUUUGUUCUUAACCACUUGAAGAAAAACCCUGACAAGAAGGUUAAGAAAAAUUCAAAGACUCAGAAGAACAACACAGAUACAUAUAGCAUCAUGCCUAAAGAAGGCAUCAGAAGCCGCUGUAACAUGCCCGAUGAAGUCGACAACACAAGUAUCUCUAUUGUGCUUCAACAAGGUAGCAGAAGUAUCUGCAACACGCCUGAUGAAGUCAACAACACAAGUUGCUUCAAUGCAUUAGCAACUGCCAAAAACACAGUACCUGAAGAGAUCCCGAAGGAGUUUUUAGAAGAAAAUGUAGAGCCGCCACUGCCGCCACUUAUCUCACCAGAAUGGAACUCAUCAGAAUGUGAUUUCUCUGCAACUCCACAGCCACCUACAGAGACCGGGGAGCAAUUGACUCAUGAUUCGUCCUAUCAGGAUUUGGAGUCUUAUUUUGCUGAUUAUGAAAAGCUAGAAGAGAUAUUAGGGAUGUUGAACUCAGAUUAGCUGGUUCUAGCUUGUUUGCUCUUCCGAAGAAAGCAUUAUAUAAGCUUUUUCCGGCUAGGUAAUUGGUGUGCAUCUACUGGCUUGGAUACACUCCUCAAGUGCUUGAUAAAGAGUGUGCCCAUGCUGUGUUCGCCUAAGAAAAAAUAUUUUCCUUGUGGAAAACAAUGUAUAUGGAUCAGUGAUGUACGUUA